AUGUCUUCCCAAAUUCAAGUUCCGUCUAGCGGUGUUUCGAACGGGAUAUCAGGUCAUGGAGAGAAUCUACCCAAAGAACUGGUGGACGAGAUGCAAGCAUUAUUUCAAAAGCACUCUGGUUAUCGCACAACCCACGCCAAAGGUCUUCUCGUGGAGGGCACUUUCACGCCAACUGAGCAAGCUCAUACGCUUUCGACAGCGUCUCAUUUCAACAACCCUUCGACCCCAGUGAUAGCUCGCUUUUCUGUAGGCGGCGGCCUGCCCCAUGUGGCCGAUGUAGAUAAUGGUGCCACUCCUAAGGGCAUUGCCAUUCGCUUCAAAGUCGACCAUGACACACAUACUGAUCUUAUCAGCCAUUCCUUCAAUGGAUUCGCGACGAAAAACGGAGAAGACUUCUUGUCCUUCCUCCAAGUUUUCCGUGCUUUCAAUAUUGCCCAGGCUUUACUCAGCAAAGCCCAAGCUGGGGGUGGCGAUAGUUCAAAGGAGGCAGAAAGCUUCAAGAAAGCUGGUGUUGCAUUUCAAACCUUCCUUGGUGGCCACCCAUCCGCUGCAAAGUUUGUGACUUCACCAAAGCCAAACCCGUUCAACUAUGGUACCAUUACAUACUACGAGCCCAACACUCACGUUUUGACGAACAAAGACGGAAAGGCUACAAACAUACGAUACCGUCUCGAUCCAGCAGAUGGUGAACACUUUUAUCCUAACGAUCCGGAGCAAUUGAAGAGCCUCGGGCCAAACUACUUGGAAAACGAUCUCCAGCAGCGAUUCCCAGACAAGCCAAUCAUCUUCACUAUCCAGGCACACAUUGCCAACCCCGAUGAUGUCCUAGACGAUGCCACUAUCCCAUACAAGAGCACAACGUUUGUUCCGAUUGGAAAGCUGAAGAUCAACAAGGUUGCAGAAGACAAUGCCGCUACGCAACAACAGAUUGCGUUCAGCCCAACUCCGGAAAAAGGCGGAAUUAAGGGUAUCAAGUCAUCUGAAGAUCCCCUGAUCCAGAUCCGACAGAAGGUUUACUGGAUCAGUGCUGACCAGCGAAAGCAUGAGAAGCAGUCCGAGUAG